AUGAAGGCCAUCCGGAUAGAAGAAUUUGUUAAAGACCUGGAAGAGAUCAAGGUAUCCGAGGUCCCAAAUCCUCAAGCCAGGGAGGGCGAGGUUAUUGUGCAAAUCGUUGCAGUCGGUGUGAACUUUGUAGACAUAUUAUAUGCUCGAGGCAAACAUCAAAACAACCGGUCCUUAGUCAGGCCCCCCUUCAUCCUCGGACUCGAAUUCGCCGGGAUCGUGGUAUCUGCCCCUAUCGGUUCUCAAUACUCACCAGGAGAUCGAGUAUUUGGCAGCGGGCUCGGUUCCUACGCCGAGCAGAUCGUCGUCAAAGGAGCCUCGCUCCAUCAUAUACCCAAAGACUGGGACUUCAGAGAUGCCGCUGGCCUUGCAGCGACUGCACCUGUCAGCUAUGGCGCCCUGAUCACUCGGGGGAGGCUUCAGAGAGGCGAGACAGCUCUGAUCCAUGCAGCAGCUGGAGGACUCGGUGCUAUGGCUAUACAGAUAUCCAAGGCCGUUGGAGCAAGAGUGAUAGCCACCGCUAGCUCUCAAGCCAAACUCGAUGUUGCAAAAAGCUUUGGUGCAGACGAGUGUGUAAAUUAUGAAACCAAUCCUGAAUGGUGGAAAGAAGUGCUCCAACUUACCAAUGGGAAAGGUGUUGAUGUUGUUUAUGAUCCAGUGGGACUCGUGGGCGAAAGUCUGAAAUGUCUAAAGCAGAAAGGCCGCAUCCUCGUUAUUGGAUUCGCUGGGACAGAAGGGGAUAUCGAGAGAAUUGCAACAAACAGGAUAUUAUUAAGACAAGCCCAAAUAAUUGGCUAUCGUUUCGGUAUGACCGACCGAACAGAUCCAGGAGAGACGGCUGAAAUAUGGAGAGGGUUGAAAGUCAUGUGGGAAGAUGGUCUACUCAGACCAACGGUCUUUGAUCGAAGCUAUAGAGGAUUGGAAAGCGUGGUCAGCGCGAUGAAGGACCUUCAAGCCCGAUAUGUUUGGGGCAAAGCAGUGGUGCUGCUGGACCAUGGCCGCCAUGGGUCGCGAUUGUGA